AAGAUGGCGACGAGUAGACUGGCAUGUUUGGCAAGGGCUCCUCUUCUUGUUCGUUUAACAGGGACAAGGUGUAUGUCAGAUGAAUUCGGAUCAGGUGCUGGCAAGGGCGGUGGAGGAGGGGGCUCCAUCAGAGAAGCUGGGGGUAGUUUUGGUAAAAUGGAGGCUGCUCAUGAAGAACAGUAUUUCAGAAAACUUCAAGCUGAACAGUUGAAGAAAAUGAAGGAACAUUUAGGAGAAGAAAUAGAACAUCAUGAAAGGUCUAUUAAGCAACAUAAGGAAUCCAUUGAGCGCCAUAAGAAAAGAAUCGGUCAAUUAAAACAUGAGGAAGACAAAGUUAGGAAGAAGGACUAGGGUUGAACUAGAUUUUAGACUUUUGACGACAUUUCCUUAAAGGACAUGUUUGAGUUGUAAAGAAAUUAUUUCUUGAUCUAGAUAUCUAGAUUUGUUAAAGGAUUUGUUUUACUGUGCACGUUAACAUAACCAAAAGCUGACAUCCCUGACAAAAGUGUCCAUAAGUUUAAUUGUUAUGUACUAUUGAGCUAUAUUUGUAUUAACAUAUCUACUACUUGAAAAAAAUCUUUACAAACCAAACUUGUCCUUGAAUUAUGAAUAACCUCUGAAUGUGUCAAGAAUUUGAAUGAAAAAGUUUCAAUGUUAUAAUUGGACCUUGUGUGACUAAUUUGGAAAAAAAACAAACAAAAGUAGUUGAAAAUUUAUUGUAUUUCUCUUAAAAUGAUUAGUAAAAUUAUUUAAUUAUGAAC